AUGGCUUUUCUCUCAUCGGCUCCAUUUGUAAUCCUUCCUUUUUUCAAUAAAGAAACAGUUUAUGAAGACGACGACAACAACGUUCAUCGUAACAUUCUCGUUCUCUUCGACGACAAAUACUACAAGUGGAACACUAUCUUCAACUCUCAUGAAGGUGCUUGGUGUGUAGGCUCUUCAAACAAUUUCUUGAUGUUUAUUGACAACAAAGGUUAUCCUUUUCUUCUAAAUCCAUCUUCCAAUACUUUUAUUCAUGUUCCACCUUUUACCUCCUUAUUAAUUCAACAUGCAAAUGUUCCCUCUUAUUCUUAUUAUGUUCAAUUCCUUCGCAAAAGCUUUAUAUCCAAAGCAGUAUUGAUGUCUUCUCCUUCUCCUUCACAAUACACCCUUGCCAUCAUGUAUGAUUGUCCAUGUAGGAUUGCUUUUUGCAAUAACCAUAACGCUUCGUGGGUUGAACUCUAUGAUGCAAAACAAUUUUACUCUGAUAUUGUGUUUCAUAAUAAUAUUCUUUAUGCUUUGGAUGAAGAUGGAUCUAUUGAAGGGUGGGAUUUUUUUCAUCAGAAGGUCCCGAGAAAGAUUUUGGAAGUUAAUUAUCCAACCUUAAUUUUAGAUAAGGAACAAGAGAUAAAAUUUCCAAUUGAUAAGUUUUCAACUAAACUUUAUUUGGUAAUAUCCAAAAGAGAUUUUUUGUUGAUAGAAAGGUUCAUUGGUAAUUUCGUUCAUCCUAACGGUGAGGUAGUUUAUGAAGGAAGCAAUCUAUCAGAUCAAGUUGAAAUUUGUCCUUAUAGAACAAAGCAUUUUAAUGUGUACAAACUUGACUUGGUGAUGAGAAACUGGGAAAAAGUGAAGUUUUUAGAAGGUGAAGUUAUAUUUGUAGGUGCUAAUGAGUCAAAGUUAAUAGAUGCCUCCGAAUGUGAUAACAAAGGAAAUUUAAUUUACUUUAGUGAUGAUAGAUGGGAAGAGAUAAAUUUACACUAUUUAUAUGGUGGACAUGAUUGGGGCGUUUUCAAUCUUCAAGACUCAAGUGUCAAGCUCUUAACUCCUUAUGCAAAUAAAAUGGAUCCACCACCUAUUUGGAUGGUUCCUUAUUCCAAUUAA